AUACUAUUCAGACUGCCAUAGACCACUGGGAACGAGACACGUGCCUGAGGUUCGUCACAAGGACGGAAGAGAAGGACUACAUUCAUUUCCAUCGCGGUAACAGUUGCUGUUCUUAUGUUGGCCGUAUCGGAACAGGUGAACAAUACCUCUCGCUGGGUCCUGGCUGCGAGACGUUCGGAGUUCUUGUACACGAGCUAGGCCAUGCCGUUGGGUUCUGGCACGAGCAGAACAGGCCUGACAGAGACGACUACGUCGACGUCAUGACAGAACACAUAUGGCCUCAUGGAAGAUAUAAUUUUGAUAAAUUAGGACGAUCUGAGGUGGAUUCACUAGAUCAGCCAUACGACUACGACUCUGUAAUGCACUAUGGCAAAAGGUAUUUUACGAUGACUGGCGAGGAAACCCUGAUUCCUAAAAAUGUUAGUGCCAGUAUUGGACAGAGGCAAGGACUCAGCGACCAGGAUAUAUUACAGACCAAUAUUAUGUACAACUGUCACCGUGUCUCCGAUUGUGGCGGAACAAUUUUUGGCACGGAGGGAAACUUGAUGUCACCAAAUUACCCACAUGCGUAUCCGAGCAACCAGACUUGCACGUGGACGAUCUCCGUACAGAAAAGUUUCACUGUGACAAUGGAAUUCAAGUAUUUCAACGUACCAGCAUGCCGACAGGUAUUGACUGACUUGGCUGGUUCUAUUCAAAGUCUGAACUACCCGUUAUCAUUCCCAGCUGAAACAAAUUGUCUUUGGCAGAUAUCUGUUCCGGAAGGCUUCAUCGUUACUAUGGCAAUAGAGGACUUACUCAUACCCAUCGACAAUGGGGUUGGUUGUCAUGGAAACUACCUCACAAUCAUUGAUGGAGAUGACAUUGAAUCUGGUGUGAUUACUCAGUUGUGCCAGUCACAGAGAAAUGUCGGCGUGGCAUCCAGCGGCCCUCACUUGCGGUUGCGACUACACUCGGUAGAUCUGAAAGAGGCGGACCAGACGAUGAGGUUCGCUGCCACGUACGUGGCUCGAGACGUAGACGAGUGCGAGAUUAACAAUGGAGGCUGUGAGGUUGCGUGUUUGAACUUGAUCGGUACAUAUGCAUGUGGCUGUCGAGGGGGUUACACUAUCGCCGCGAAUAACAGAAACUGCACAGACGUCAAUGAAUGCCUAAAACAAUGGCGGCUGUUCACAUACCUGUAAGAACCUUGAGGGCGCCUAUCUCUGUGAAUGCCCAGAAGGGUUUUAUCUCGCACACGAUCAAAAAAUGUGCAUUGACGAAAAUGAAUGUGAUGACGAGAAACAUAGUGGGUGUAGUCAGCGAUGUGCCAAUACAG